AUGAGAGCAGAAGUUUCACCUGGGCACGGCAACCCUAAAGGCAUUCAACCCAUCACAUCGCAACUUUCCCAUCGAUCUUACCUGAAUUUCGCAAAUCGCCCAAAGUCACUGACAGUGAAUGAGGCUGUUCGUAAGCUCCUGGGCGUGUCAGAGCUCGCGGGGGAAAGGGGGGGUUUCAAAGCUACGGAAGCAAAGCGUGUGAAGGGUGCUUUCAGGCACCUCAACGCCACAGCUACCGAAGAAGGAUCGCCACGGCAGCAGCAUUAUGUCAAUUUUAUUCGGAGACUGAAAGAAGUUGCAGGGGCUGCUAUGGUUGCAUUGAGUGCUGCAGGUCUCGGACAGGCUGCUGUAUAUUCCAUGACCGAUCGGGUCAGGACAGAGCUGCCAUUCAAAAUAUUAGAGGGCAAGGGUGAUCUCCAGAACGCGGUUAUUGAGGCCAUUGCGACCAAAUAUGCGAGUUCUACUGAGCCCUGUCCUGGCCAACUCGUACACGUUGCCGGUCAUAUCUCGUCGGUUCUCUGGACUAGCUGUUUACCAAGCUACUUCGAGCGACGUCAAGGAACUUUUGAAGAAUCCUGA